AUGCCGCUCUACGACGUCGAGCACAUCACGCCCCUAACAGAGGCCCAACAAGCCAGCCUAGCACAGGCAUUCACGAACCUCCACAGCCAGCGGUUCGCCACGCCCAAAUUCUUCAUCAACGUCCGCUACACCGACGUCAGCGCCCAGGCCGUGUACCGCGGCGGGCGCAAGGUAGAGUACAACCGCGUGAUCCUGCGGACGCGGGUGGGCGAACAGCGCACCAAGGAUCUCUACGACGACCAUUGUCGUGAUAUAGUGAGGAUCUGGGAGGAGCAGAUCUGCUGUGAAGGUCCCGGUGGAGGUGGAGGUGGAGAUGGCGCCAAAGAUGGGUUGAGGACCGUCUGGGUGUUGGGCGCGUUGACGACGGCGGUGGAAUGUGGCAUUGCGAGACCGCGAGUUGGCGAGGAAGAAGAAUGGCUGAAGAUCAACAUGGAGGAAUUUCGAAACUUGGCUCGGCGCGGUGAUGAGGACUUUGUUGAAUUGGUUCGCGAACUUGAUGAGGUUCAAUCAUGA